AUGGGUCCUCUUAGUUUCACUGAUAAGACUUCUUCCCCAAUCCCACUAGCAAGGGCAUUCAAGGCACUAAUCCUUGAAGGUGACAACUUGAUCCCAAAAAUUAUGCCACAAGCCUUCAAGAGCAUUGACGUCAUUGAAGGAGAUGGAGGGGCUGGAACCAUCAAGAAGAUCAACUUUGCUGAAGGUUAA